CAAGUAUGGAUAAUGAAAGACAUCAUCCUAUUGGGUGGGGUUCGUGCGUUUUAAUUUAAAACGGCCGCCGUUGUGUUUUUUCUGUGUUGGGUUCGUGAAUCAAAGAUCUUAGAUCGUAGUCGUGAAUUUAGUUUGCCUGAGCCAUGUACAAGCUGAAUCAGCGUCGCAAAAAGUGGAAAAUGGUGAGAAAAUGGCAUGCAAUUGGAAAGUCAAACAGAAAUAGUAAGCGACGCAUGUUGGCAAAACACAAAGGAUAUGCCUGCAAGCCAAAGCCAACCACUUGUCAAACACCAGAGAAGGAGGAUAUGGUCACAUCCAAUAGCAAUUCCUUCCUGCAUGAAUCUGUUCCUGUCGGGCUCAUUUCUUUAGUGAAUGUGAAGAAUUUGUUCAAUCCUCUUCAGACUGUGGUUUACUCCAUAUACUCCUGGUGGCUGAGGAACAUUAGGCAGGGUUUUGAAUUAAUCAAAGAUGUUCUGUUUCCUUCACGUGUCUACCUGAGGGAACUGAAUGUACUCCGGCAACAUAUUGAAUCACUUGAGUUCAAAGUAACACACAUGCAAGAAUUCUUCAAUGAACAACAUCAGGAACCUAAUACUGCCAAAGCUACUGAAGUAUGUUUCUGUCGAAAGCAUUUUGAUUCCUUACCAGUUCCCAAUAAAAUUCCAAUAUGGCCAGUGCAGCCAAUUGUCAGUUGCACUCCGCUGAAGUCUCCAAAUGAAGCUCCUCCUCCACCUCCACCUCCUCCUCCACCUCCCCCGCCUCCACCUCCACUACCUCCUCACUCCCUGUUUGCAGUGAAGCCUCUGCAGAUUCAAACGAAAACUAGAGAAAAACACUUGCAAGCAACCGGUGAGGAAAUCCUUAGACCCCCAUCCAUAACUAUAAAAGACUUGCUUCAAGUAAAACUGAAGAGGACUGUUGACAGAUUUGAAUUAAUAAAGAUGAAUCCUGAGAAAAAAGAUGGACCACCAUCUGUUACAAUAAAGGAUUUGCUUGAUGUGAAGCUGAGAGUGACCCAGAACAAAGUAGAAAAAGCAAAGAUGGAUGCACCAGGAAAACGGAGAUCCCCUUUGGUAACAAUCCAUGAUCUACAAAGUUUUAAUUUGCAGCGAAAAGUUAAUCAGUUGCAGAAACCAACAAAAAUGAUGAUUACUCCACAUCGACCCGUGCUGGAUAUUCGGCAGAGGCUAAAGAAAGUAAAUAUAGAAAGGAGCCCUGGUGGAACACCCCUCCACAAAGAGAGCAAAGAUACUGCGACAGGAUUGACACCAGUUAUGACCCAAGCAUUAAGACGGAAAUUUGAGAUGGCUCAUCCUAAAAGUCCUCCUCAAUGCUGCUCCUCACCAAACACCAGCUUUGAUGAGCAACAUGCUUGCUAAUUUUGCUUGUGCAAUGUUUUGUUUUUUUAAUCAAAUGACAAGCCAUGUAAAUGUGUAUACAUUUAAAUGUACUUUUUACAAUGUUUAUACAAAUGGAUUAUAGCUGCUUAUUUCAUAUGUACUUUUAAUCAUUUUUGAUAAUUAUUCAUGGUCAGCCUGCGAUGUGUUGUGAAUCUUCAACGGUUAACUGAUGCUCUUCACAUAUUUACAUGAUUUGCACUACUCCAGGGAGUGAAUCUGCAGACUGCGAAAGGGGAAAAGGCUGGUCAGUCCCUACAGAUCAAAAUAUUUAUUUGGAGGGGGGGGGGGGAAAGAAUGGCUCUACUUUUUAGAUUGAACCUACAAUUUAUAAAUUUCAACUUUUACAGUUGUUUGACUUUUUAAAAUAUGUUUUUAAGACUAUACAUCAUACUUUAUUCAAUUAUUCACUGUUGGCUUUAAUUCCAAUCCCCUUGCAUCUUUUUAAAUGAUGGACGUGAGAAAUCAUUUGGGGGGAAAUUUUUCAUGCUUUCUGGGGGGGGGGGGGGGAGUCUAAAAUCUGUUUUCUUUGACAUGUGUCCCAGUUAUUGGGGCUGAUUUGAAGUUAAUGAUCCCUGAUCAAGGAACUUGCCCAUUUCACGAUUCAAGGACAUUAUAAAUAAACCAAUAAUCAGCAAAACCUUUGAAUAUCUGAGCUUUGCAGCAUUGCAAAUGCUACAAGCUUGCACUUGAAAUUAGCGCCUUGAUAAUUAGCAGGAAUUAAGUAAACUGGACCUGGAGUAAUUACUAACUUGUACGAACUAGAAAGUGUUCAACUUUCUCUAGCACAUAAACACAAGUUUGAUUUUUUUUUUCCCUCCCUUUAGGAAAAUGUCACUAGUAUCUCUUUUCACUUCACAUUUUAAUAAAACUCCAGAUGUUCAUGGUUCACUAUUUUUAUACCAACCAGCUUUUGCGUGGUGCUGUGCAAAAAUCUCGCUAUUCAAUUUUAUUCUAGCCAGUAGACACCAAACAUGUUAAGUAUUCUGUAUCAGGAACUACUGGGAAGCUCAAUUAAGAAUUUAAGGACCCCCCCCAUAACAGCAUUGGUGAGCUCUUUCCCCAUCACGUUCCUUGAGGUUUGAUGUAAUUCCUUGCAACCGAGAAGUAGUGAUGGUGAUCAUUAUUCACAAGCUUCAGAAUGGAUGUUCCAAAACUCUAUUUAUUACUUAAUUUGAGAUGAAUGACAUUUAACGAGUUUUACCAAACAAAAAAAGAACAGUUGGUUGUAAUAUUUCUGUUAUAUCCCAAUGUUGUGUGUAUCGCGCUCAUUUUGUGGGAACUCGUAUGGAAUUACCAAGUGAGAGAGAAUUUUAAUUUAAAUGUUGCUAUUUAAUCAGUGCCAGUACUGUUUUGGUCGUAAAAGACUGUAAAAACUGUUGAUGAUAGUCAUGUAAUGUGAUUUCUAACUUGUUUUCAAAUUACCAUUGAGAUUUUAACUGUGUGCAAGAAAUAAACUGGCUAAUUUCA